AUGGAGGCCGCCUUCAAGACACAGUCCGAACUCAGACAUAAACUAGGACUGCGCAAGGUCCAUGCCAUACCCAACCAGAAUUACAAGGCCCAUGGCACCAAGUCCUAUGUCUACCUGAUCAACAAGUUUGGCUUCCAGCCCACUCAACCUGGUCCCUACCGCCAUGCCACCACGAUCCAGCAGCGUGGGCUUGCUCACUCGAACGUCGCCAGAGGAGGACGUGUUCGUCGUGUGGACAAGUUCGUCAAGGCCACCGGUGACCAAACUGGUGAUGUCACCGCCGAAGAUCAGCAGAAUGACUCCAUGUACCUGUGUGAGGUCGACAUCGGCACUCCUCCACAGAAACUCAAGCUUGACUUCGAUACUGGAUCGUCUGACCUCUGGGUCUUCUCCACUGAGCUCUCUGCGAGCGCCCAGAAAGGACACAAUAUCUUUGACCCGUCCAAGUCGUCUACUUGGAAGGCAGCGUCGGGCGAGGCGUGGAAGAUCUCCUAUGGUGACGGCAGCUCGGCAUCUGGCGAUGUCGGAACCGACACUGUCACAAUUGGCGGUCUAGCCGUCGAGAACCAGGCCGUCGAGUUGGCCAAGACCGCCGCGGACCAGUUUACGUCUGGAACUGGCGAUGGGCUGCUCGGUCUGGCCUGGCCAUCUAUCAACACAAUCACGAAGAAUGGCCAGUCAUCCCCACAGAACACCCCUGUUGCGAACAUGAUCUCGCAGGGCGACAUCCCCAAGGACGCUCAGCUCUUCACAUCCGCCUUUUACAGCUCCCGUGACGACCAGGCCAAGUCCUUCUACACCUUUGGCUACAUCGACCAGGAUCUGGUUGGCAGCAACGAGAUCUCCUACGUCGACAUUGACAACUCCCAGGGCUUCUGGAUGUUCCCCUCGGCGAGUGCUACGGUUGCCGGCAAGAAGAUCAGCCUUUCCAGCAACACUGCCAUCGCUGACACUGGCACCACUCUUGCCCUUGUCUCUGACGAGGUCUGUGAGGCUUUGUACAAGGCCAUCCCUGGCUCCAAGUACGAUGACCAGCAGCAGGGCUGGUUGUUCCCCACUUCCACCACAGCUGAUCAGCUGCCGGACUUCAGUGUUGCGGUAGGCGACAAGGAGUUCACCAUCCAGAAGGAGGACCUUGCCUUCGCGGUUGCGUCGGAAGGAUACUGGUACGGUGGAGUCCAGUCCCGUGGCGACAACCCCUUUGACAUUCUGGGUGACACGUUCCUGAAGAGCGUCUACGCUAUUUGGGACCAGGGCAACACUCGCUUCGGUGUUGUUCCGAAGAUCGAGAAAACCCAGAACCUGGAGCCUCCUUCCACCAGCUCGUAG